CUGCGCCGGAAUGUUUUUGGCGGGCACAUCCUCUUGUUUCCUUUAGGACGGGAGGCUCAGCCUGCUUUCCCAUCAUCCUCCCCGUUCUGCGGCGGCAUUGGCCCUUCGACCACUGCGGGCUCACAUCUUUCGUUGCUAAAACUUUUUGCAGGAAUCGGUUACUUCAGCACGCACACUUGUCAGCACUUAAAUCAGUUUCUCGUUGUAAACUUCAGCUUGUUUGGUCAUUUUUGUCAAGAAAAGCGAAGAUGAGGCGUGACAAGGACCGGUAUCGAGACAGGGAGCGUGACCGUGACAGAGAAAGGGACAGGGACCGAGACAGGGAUAGGGACAGGGAUGUGAAGUCAUCCAGAGUGACGAGCAGCCCAGCUGUCCCCAGUUUUGGAUAUUUUAAGCAAUCUCCCAUUCAGCAUCAGAUAAACCCUUUUACCAACCUGCCUCACACGCCACGCUACCAUGAGAUACUGAAGAAGCGACUGCAGCUGCCUGUCUGGGAGUACAGGGAGAGCUUCACUGAGAUCCUGAUGCGGAACCAGUCUUUUGUGCUGGUGGGUGAGACAGGCUCCGGGAAGACAACACAGAUCCCUCAGUGGUGUGUAGACAUGGUGCGGUCACUCCAAGGACCAAAAAGAGCCGUGGCGUGCACUCAGCCCAGGAGGGUGGCAGCCAUGAGUGUGGCUCAGAGGGUUGCAGAUGAGAUGGAUGUCAUGCUGGGUCAAGAAGUGGGCUAUUCCAUCAGAUUUGAGGACUGCAGCUCCGCCAAGACGGUGCUUAAGUACAUGACAGAUGGAAUGCUGCUGCGGGAGGCUAUGAACGAUCCCCUGCUGGAGCGCUACGGUGUCAUCAUUUUGGAUGAGGCCCACGAACGCACAUUAGCAACAGACAUCCUCAUGGGCGUCCUCAAAGAAGUAGUCCGCCAGAGGCCUGACCUAAAGGUCAUCGUCAUGAGUGCAACACUCGAUGCUGGCAAGUUUCAAGUGUACUUUGACAACUGCCCUCUGUUAACCAUCCCCGGACGCACGCAUCCCGUGGAGAUUUUCUACACGCCAGAACCAGAGCGAGACUACCUGGAGGCGGCCAUCCGCACUGUGAUCCAAAUCCACAUGUGUGAGGAGGAGGAGGGCGAUGUCCUGCUCUUCCUCACAGGACAAGAGGAAAUUGACGAAGCCUGCAAGCGAAUUAAGAGGGAGGUGGAGGACCUGGGACCGGAUGUUGGCGAUAUGAAAAUUAUCCCCCUGUACUCCACAUUGCCUCCUCAGCAGCAGCAGAGGAUUUUUGAGCCGCCCCCACCCAAUAAACCAAGUGGUGCCAUUGGAAGAAAGGUCGUCGUGUCAACAAACAUCGCUGAAACGUCCCUGACCAUCGACGGUGUGGUGUUUGUAAUUGAUCCUGGAUUUGCCAAGCAAAAGGUGUAUAAUCCACGUAUCAGAGUGGAAUCCCUUUUAGUCACAGCCAUCAGCAAAGCCUCAGCCCAGCAGAGGGCAGGUCGUGCUGGGCGAACACGGCCGGGAAAAUGUUUUCGCCUUUACACAGAGAAGGCUUACAAGACAGAAAUGCAGGACAACACCUAUCCAGAGAUUCUGAGAUCCAAUCUCGGUACUGUGGUAUUGCAGUUGAAGAAACUUGGUAUUGAUGAUCUGGUGCAUUUUGACUUCAUGGACCCACCUGCCCCAGAGACCCUGAUGCGAGCGCUGGAGUUGCUGAACUUCCUGGCGGCCCUCAACGAUGACGGUGACCUUACCGAGCUCGGCGCCAUGAUGGCAGAGUUCCCCCUGGACCCCCAGCUCGCCAAGAUGGUCAUCGCCAGCUGUGAAUUCAACUGUUCCAAUGAGAUUCUCUCCAUCACUGCCAUGUUGUCAGUCCCACAGUGCUUCGUACGACCCACGGAGGCCAAGAAGGUGGCAGACGAGGCCAAGCUGCGCUUUGCCCACAUCGACGGAGACCACCUGACGCUGCUUAACGUCUAUCACGCCUUUAAACAGAAUCAUGAAUCCACUCAGUGGUGCUACGAUAACUUUGUGAACUACCGCUCGCUGAUGUCCGCUGACAACGUGCGCCAGCAGCUGUCGAGGAUCAUGGAGCGCUUCAACCUGCCGCGAAGAAGCACAGAUUUCAACAGCAGGGACUAUUACAUCAACAUCCGCCGAUCGCUGGUCACUGGCUUUUUCAUGCAGGUUGCUCACCUGGAGCGCACGGGCCAUUACCUGACCGUGAAGGACAACCAAGUGGUGCAGCUGCACCCCUCUACUGUGCUGGACCACAAACCCGAGUGGGUGCUGUACAACGAGUUUGUGCUCACCACCAAGAAUUACAUCCGCACGUGCACGGACAUCAAGCCAGAGUGGCUGGUGAAAAUUGCACCUCAGUACUACGACUUGGGCAACUUCCCCCAGUGUGAGGCCAAGCGACAGCUGGAACGCAUUUUUGCUAAGCUCUCAUCUAAGGAAUACACUCAAUACUAAAAAAAAUGGUCUGCACCGUCUGCAGCAUCGUCUUCAGUUUCUGAUCGAUUGUUCCAAGUUCUCCUCGACAGACGUUUGUUUUUACUUUUUGAUUUUCCUCUCAUCAGAUGCAUUUCUACAACAGAAUGUUGGGCCACAAUGAAAGAAGGAAAAUUUAUAUAUCAGAAUGAAGUUGUAAAAGUAUGAGAAAAAAGCAAAAAAAAAAACAUAUGAAAAUAAAAAAUUAUAAGAAAAACAUCAACAUUUUAUGAGAAUGAAAUUGUAAAAUGAUGAAGAAAAAAGUUGUACUUUUGUGACAACAGUUGUAAAAGAAUGAGGGGAAAAAAUAAGCAUUUUGAAAAACGAAAGUUAUAAAAGUAAAAAAAAAAUGUAAUUUUUGGAGAAUAAUCCUAAAAGUGAGUGGAAAAAGUCAAAAAUGUUUGGGAAUUAAGUCAUAAAAUUAUUUUACAAGAAUAAAGUUGUAAAAGUAUGGGAAAAUACGUAAAAGAAUUACGAGAAAAAAAAAUAUAGAAAAAAAGGCAACGACAAGAAAAAAGAUAUUAUGAAGAAAAAAAGUCAAAAUAAAUGAAAAUUGCGGUGCAGAAAAAAAAUUAAAACAAGAAUAAAAGUUGUUAGAUUAUGAGAAAAAAGUCAACAUUUUACAAAAAUAAAAUUCUAAAAAUAAAAAAGUAGUAACAUAUCAAGAAUAGUCGUAAAAGGAUUUAAAAAAAAAGUUAAUGUCCUAGAAUAAAGUGAUACAUUUACAAAAAUAAAGUCAAAGUUACAAGAAAGUCAUAAUUUUGCAAAAAAAAAGCUGUAGAACUGAAAAAAAUAUGUAUUAUUUUGAAAAUAAGAGUACGUUAAAAAAGUCAAAUUAAGAGAAUAAAGUUAUAAAAUUACAAGAACAUACUCUUGCCAUAAAUGAAUGCAGUGAUGGAUUUUAUAAAUAGAAUGAAGGCUAGGAAAUGUUUUUGUUUUUGAAAAAGCAUUGCUCUUCUGUAAAAUUACUUUUUUCAUAAUUUACAACUUUAUUCUGGUAUAUAAAAAAUUUGCUUUCUUUAAAAUUGGUGAAAUUAUGGCAUUUUGGGUUGAAUAUUAACUCAUUUACAUAUUAUUCUACAAAUAAAAUGUUGACUUUUUUUCCAUAAUUUUACAACGUUAUUCUAGUAUAUUAAUUCAUCUUCCCCCCUAAAAUCUAUGAAAUUAUAGCUUAAUUUUUGUAAAAUAUUGACCUGUUUACUCAUACUUGUAUGAGUUUAUUUUCAUUAAAAAUUGACCUUUUAAUAUGAUUUAACAGCCUUUUUUCUUAAAAUUACAACUUUUUUCUCACGAUUUUGUGACUUUAGUCAUAUAAAAUUACAACUCUUUUUCUUAACAUUUUACAUUAUUCUCGUAAAAUAAAAUAAAAAAUUCUCAUAACUUUACUUAAUUCUUGUAAAAUGUUAACUUUUAAUUUUACAACUUUUUUCUUGAAAAUGUUUUACUUUUUUCUCAAACUUAUCAUUUUUUUUCUCGCAUUAGAAUGUAUUUUUUUUUCGUCCUGGUGGCCCUAAGACUCAUUUCAGCUUCAGUUGAUAAAACUUGUUUUUCCUCAGACCUAAAAUUAAACUACUGAGUGAAAGGAACAAUAAUUAUAAUUUUUACUUCAAGUUCAUUCCUCUGUUUUGUAGAUUUAGUCUUUAUCUGUGGAAAAAAACUUGUCAAAACAAAUGUAAUAUAUUAAAUAUUUAGAUGCAAAAAUGUAAUGUUCUGUUUGUUCUGAUACUGAAAGUGUCACAGUUUGGUUCAUCUUAAUAAAAACGACUUGGUAAUAAAUCUC